UAAUAAUACCCUCCACUCCAGAAAAAGAAAAAGUCCAGACACCACCACAAUCUAAAAUCCAACCUGAAACCAACCAAAUAAAUAGCGAAAUCCCAUAAAAAAAAUGAUGAUAAUCAAAAGUACAGGGAGAACUAUCUAGUAGAGCUUCAUCUUUCUCUCUCUCUCUCUCUCUCUUUUUUUUUUGUUCCCUGGUUUUAGUAGUUAGUUCACUAUCACAGGAACUACUAGUAAAUUAGUUUGUUAAAAAAAAAAAGUGAAAAAAUUGCUGAAGAAUAAGAGGAGAGGAGGGCAGAUGCAACCGGCUGGUGGCGGUGGAGUCGGAUUAAGCAGAGGUCUUGGUGGAGGCGGUGGUGGUGGUGGAGGUGGAGGUGGUGGUGGGCUUGCUCGGUUUCGCUCAGCUCCGGCGACUUGGUUAGAAGCACUAUUGGAAAAUGAUGAUGACAACGACGUCGUUUUGGACCCACCGGUUUUAGCUUCGAGUAGUAAUAAGCCACCUUUGCACCCGCCGGCUUCUUCUCCAGUUCAGUCAACUCAGCAGCAGCAGUCGAGCGCGGCUAGUAGUAGAUAUGCGGCUGAUCUGGGGAUGUUGGACACGGUGGGGAGUGGUGGAGGUGGGCUCAGUGGGUUGCUCCGGCAGAAUAGCUCCCCGGCGGAGCUUUUGUCUGAUGGGUACUUCUCGAAUUUUGGGAUUCCGGCCAAUUAUGACAAUUUCUUGAUGUCUUCUUUGGACGUUUCGUCGGAGUCUCCGUCCAAGCGGCCCAGAGAGGCUGAUUCCAAUAACCCAUCUCCAAAAGCUUCUUCUCAAGUGAAAGGAGAGCAAAGUGAGCAGUUGCAUGCUGGAAUGGGUAGAUUGUUGGACUCUGAAAUGGAAAAGCUGUCGGAGGAUGCUGUUCUGUGUAGGGUUCGGGCAAAACGAGGUUGUGCUACGCAUCCUCGUAGCAUUGCUGAGAGAGUUCGAAGGACACGAAUCAGUGACCGGAUAAGGAAACUUCAGGAACUUGUCCCCAAUAUGGAUAAGCAAACAAACACGGCAGACAUGUUAGAAGAGGCAGUAGAAUACGUCAAGUUUCUACAGAAGCAAAUUCAGGUAAUGGAGGCACUGGUCUAUAAGUUUGAGAAGUUUCUGACUAAAAGACUGGACAGAAGAGUGUUAGGAUGCAAUAAUAACAAAUUUCGUUACCAUCUUCUCUCACCGUUUAUGCUUUAGGGACAAACAACUUGACAAGAAGAACUCAAGGAGCAGCAAAAGAAAUGUAAAUGCUUUGCCAAAGAGUAAUUGCAGAACUGAAACUUUUUCCGAGUGAGCUGAAGUGAAUUGGCAAUUAUGUCGAAGUAUUAGCGAAAAUAUGGUACACUACUGUGCUUCAGUUUCUUCUACACCUGUGGAUGCUGCUACUUAAAAAAGAGCUUGGUACUAUAAGAUCUACACCGUAGUGCCAUCACUGUCUACCACCGAGUCUACCACCGAGUCUACUUUCUUGGAUGCUUUUGUGGUAGAUGUCAAAUAUCAUGUAAAUUACCUCUUUGCUCAAGCAUGUUGUCCGGAAACUAUCUAUGUUUUGCUUCUUAUUUUAGGUGAAAUUCGUUUGCCAUAAAGACUGCAUGUACCAUGGCGAUAUUAAUCAAUAAAACUUUUGGUAGUACCAGAAGUUUGUAAUCAAUUACAUAAUCCUUGCAUGACAUACUUAUGUCCCUUUUUGACUCGUUCAAGUGAAGGGGCUUCCUUUGGGAGCUACUCUGUUUCUUGC